AGAUAAUACUUUCCUUGUGUGAUAUCGUGAAACAAUAUAUAUGCGACGCAGCAGAGGGACACAAAGCCCUGGAGCGAGCGACCAUGGAAAUCCAAUGGUUCGCUUCAAACCAACAAAACAAAUCUACGAUCUAGCUUCAAAAUGCUUCUAAAAUCUGCGCUUAUGCCCAUGGCUCUUGUCCCUUUAGAGACUCUUCUGGCCAAAGAAAUCAAGAUUCAUUUGCGAGAGUGCAUGGGGGACCUAUUAAACAAAUACGUAAUCCAAGAGGAACUUGACUCGACAAUCUCAAUCAGCCUCCUUGGCUUUGGGAACAUCGAAAACACAGAGAGGACGUGGAGAGAUGCCUCUGAAGACGCUUGGCCUUUGCAUGAAUGCUUGCAAAGUUUGUCGAUGGCAGGUGAAGGACCACUCCCAAGUCCCUCUUUGAGCUCCAAGUUUCCCAACGAGCCUUCGUAUAUGGCUAACCUGGAAAAUCCUCAUCUGUCAUAUUCAGUCGAAGAUCCAAUUAUAUACCAGUGGCCUUAGACAUUCAAGUCUAACUUCGUGGUUCUUACUGAUAAUGGUCUAGAAGAGGUAAAUAAAAAUACAUCUGAUUAGGAACAGAGCCCCAAAAACUUUUGUUGAUCAAGAGUUUCGCAGACCCGAAGCGUUGGAUCUAUCCUAAAAUUCACAGGGCAGAGAAUCUCCCUUCAUGGAGUCAUC